AUGGAUCCAAGCUUAUACCAACAGCGUCAGCAACAGAACCGUGUUUCUUAUCCAUUCACCGGAAACCCUCAAGCGGGAUCAACUAAUGUCAUGGGCGUCGGUUCGUAUCCUCAACAGUACCUGUCAGCUAAUAUGACGAAUAACGCAGGAUACUUACAAUCCGGCAACGGCAUCAACAUGAUGCCCGUUUCUGGUCGCUCGGUAUAUCCCGUACCCGUUGCCUCCAUGACAUCCAUGACAACUAAUGGUAUGCCUGCGGCGAAACGGGUGGCCCUUGCACCUAAUCCGCCAAUACAGAACAUGUAUUCAAAUAUUACACAAGCACCCACCCAGAAUCAGCUUUAUGCAGCUGCCGGGGGUUUUCCUAAUCAACAAAUGAUAAGUGCUGGAAGACCGACAGUACCCACACAGUCAUUUGUGACUGCUGAUAUUCAAAAUAUAGACGGAAAAAAUCAAGUAUCGGUGCAGGCUAACACAUAUGCAACGCCAAUGCAAAAUGUAAAUAAAUAUUAUGGACAAUUUCAACAGACGCCAACAAAGGCCAAUGCUAUGGCAAAUAACUUCAAUAAUCUUUUAAAUCAACCUCAAUCUCCGCAUUCCCAACAACAAAAUCAAGCGAUGCAAAAUUCUAUUCAACAGGAUGACAACCAAGUUGAUUGGUUAGUAGAUUUAGGUGAUGACGAUGAUAUAGUAUAUGAUUUCACUUGUUCGAAUGAUAAUUCUGGUAGCAUUGGAGGUAAUAUACAUAGUUGGAAUCCCAAUUCGCUGCAAGGUAAUUUGCACUAUCCAUCUCAAAAUUCAUCAAAGUCAUAUCCGACAAUUAAUAAUAACAUUCAGCGGUCUGGGAUUUCACAAAAUCUAUCACCCAAAAGUGUUCAAUAUAAUUCGAUGGGAAUGCUUCCCAGAUCUCCAGAUCCCAUCAUCGCAUCAAAUAUGAUAUCUGAUUCAAAUUCUCAGUCAGUAAUGUAUAAUCCGAGUCAAUCUAUUAACCUCAACCAACAAUCGACAACUCAAAUUGGACAAUAUAGCAAAAUUGCAACCAAGGAUCAUUCUGGUUCAGGUUCUAUCUAUCCACAGUCAUCAGCACAGUCAUCAAUAUCUUCUGAACUAUCUUCAACAUCUAGCAUUCAGAAUGCAGUGAUUGAUUCAUACAAACAGUCACCAAAAACAACUGUAGACUCUCCUGCGAUAGCAUCCAUAAAGUCGAACACCUUGAUGGGACAUGUAGAAUCGAUGCAACGAACUUCACCACAAGCACAAGAAAUUAAAACUGAAAAUCAAUCCAUUAUGGCGAUAACGGAAAACCAGAAAAUGUAUGCUUCCAACGUUCAAUUACAAAAUUCCUCUUCGACCACCAGCCCUAAAGAAGAAGAUGAUGAUAGUCUUACCAAUACUUCGAAUUCCACAAGUUUUCAACCGCAACCUCCACCGCAACAAAGCAAGCAGCCAUUCAACGCUAUCCAAAGUGACAAACAAAAGGCAGAGAACAUCAUUAAGAAUUCAAGCAUUUCCAACAAUCUAAGAUUACCGGUAAAUAGUGGGAUAAUUGGACGUAGGGCGAAUAAUUUACGUUCGGUUUCUCGACAAGUUGAGAAAUCCCCUUCCGUCACCGCUCCGCCUAAUCCAUCUAAUCCAUCGGUGCCAACGAAAAACGCUGUUCCUAGGCCUCCAAAGGUUAACUACUCUCCAAAGAUACGUCGCGUCGAGAGUUAUGGAGGUAUCGACUUGAAAGUCUUUGAGAAAUUCUCGUUACCUUUGCACUUACCCACCAUUCAGGAUUUAGGUAAAGUCCGAGUAAAGAUUUGA